GUGUUGGAGGCGCGGUCACUAUGAGACGGCGACGAGGGAGGCAGGAGGUGGUGGACGAUGAGGAGGCCCUGCAUAUAAACCGGACCCAUAAAAGAGAUAAAGAGCAGCACUGGACAGUUUCACUCUAGCCUUCUGAUAUCUCACUAGCUGCUACCUCAGCCCUCCGCCCACGGUCAUCCUCAUCCGUGUAGAAAGUCCUCGUAGAACUGUUGCAAGUUAUACAGUGAUGACGGUAUAUCUGAAAACUGUGUGCCCAUAAUAGCAUUGGAUAGCUUAUUUUGUAAACAGAUCGCAGUGCCUUAGUAAAGAGUGUACAGUGUGAAGUUGUGGGUAGAUAAUUCAGAGCAACUUUGUGUUCAAGUAGUUCAAUAGGCAUACGCUAGAUUUGUUACCUAAGGAGUGUGUAAGGGAAAAAUAUAGAAUUUCGUUUCACCGUGACCAUCUACCCCGGCCAACAUGUGUGAGGGCUACCAGAUUCGUUUCGACGUGGCCUUUAAGAAGGAGAACGACACUGUUAUUACAAUUCUGAAGCCUGUCAUCACCAAGUGCCCUGAGGACCCGGGACCUAUCAUCGCCGGAGUCUUCCUCUCAAUCAUCUUCCUCGGAGCCUUCCUCCUCAACCUGAUGGUGGUGGUGACGGUGGCCACCAGUUACACCCUCAAGAGGUUUCUCUACUGCCACCUCCUCAUUAACCUCAGCCUCUCCUGCAUGAUAGACUGUUUCCUCAACCUGAGUAUUGCCAUCGGCUACGUCACCACCGCGCCUUGGAGGUUUGGCUACGGUGUGAGUUACUUUAAUGGCUUUACGAUAAACAUGAUGAAUAGUGAGAUGGCCUUCGCUGUAUUACUGUUGGCUGUUGAUAGAUUAGCUGCAGCCAAGAAGUAUACCUCAUACCUCAACAGUGAGAAGUACAAAUUGGGUGUAGUGAUAGGUGUAACGUGGGUGGUGGCGUUUAUUCUGGCCUCACCCCUGGUGUGUGGUUUCGUACUCAGUAUGCCUUAUAAAAACAGAUACUCGUGUUCUGUCGCUGAUCCAAGAGACGAUUAUUACCUCAUUACGCACCUGUUACUGAUCGUGUGUUUGCCAACGCUUGUGAUGGUGGUGUUAGUGUGUGUGAUCUCAGUGACAUUCCACCGUGAGCGUAAAAAACAAAAGAGAAUCAAAGGUAACCAAACGAUGAGUUAUUUCGACCAAAUUUUGAUGACUCCAUACUUUAGAAACGAGUUCUAUCCGUCAGUGUUUGUGAUUUGUGCAGUGAUAGCGUACGUUAUGCUUUGGCUUCCCUUCACCGGUCUCACCACCAUUAGCCCCAUGAUGACCAAACACUGGGCCAAUGAGACGACCGAAGAUUCUCCCGACGAUGACUUCAGUCGCUUCUUGCCAACAACGAGGAGCAACUUCAGGGUGAGUCGGGCUAUGGUGGACGCGACUCAACUGGAAGCUCUGAAUAGCACCAACGCUACCUUGCCCUCCGACAUGACGCCAGAUAUGACCAACAUAACCAUGGACGAAGGUUUUAUCCCGGAGAUAGUGGACACCCCAGCCUUCGAUACCGUGGCCGUCUGGUUCCGCUUCAUUUUCAACAUUGUUGUGCCAAUUUUAGUGUUUAUCACUCUGAGGGAGGUGAGGACCAAGUGUGAGGCACUCAUCAUGUGCUGCAGACCUAACUCUGUGGACGUGGCCUCGCCCAAACCCUCACGUCCACCCUACAUCAGCAGCCUACCCGGCACUGGGACUGCAGAGAAGAAGGCCGGGGACACCAAGUCACAGAAGAAACAAAAAAAAGACAACAAAAACACCAUCAACUGCAAAACACCGAUCCUCUUCUCGACCUCCGAGGGCCUUCACAUCCGAACAAUUGGGGAUACUUACUUGGACAUGAAGGAAAAUAGAUCAUUGUUACCAUUCAACCGACAAAACAAUGAUCAACCAAAGUUUGUGUACAACCUGUGUGAUGUCAUGCUCGGGUAUGAAGAUCUCACAGACUUCGACGGGCAGUUCCAUAUAGAUGACAGCUACGACUUUGAGGGAGACCCAGAGGCUGAGAACCUGGGUAAAGGUAACGCCGUAGUCAUCGGGGCACAGCGGGCCGCCUUGGGGCAGAAGGGACAAGGCCCUGCUGAGAGCAAUGACGAGGAGGAAGGCACCAACUUCAAUAUUGACUACCGACCACCAACUCCACCCAAAGUUCAGGUCGUGGGCAACGACUCCGCUGUAAACUUCGGCAAUGCCCUAGAGGCGGAGGAUGUCAACAAGCAUAAGAAAGGAAAGAAAGUUAGAUUUGCAACUUUGCUGAAUGAGGAGAUUCCACGCCCACGCUCCGCUGAAAGUUCCAUCCUCAACUCGUCCGCCAACAGCUCUCGUUCCACUGACUCUGGGAUUAUGGCUGAUAACGAACGUAACUCUGCUCAACAAGACAAUGAGAAUCGGAAACCAAGAUUGAAUGUUAACAAUCGACAACAAGCUGCCAAAAAACAGACCAACAAACCUGGAGUAAAGGCCCGCGCUACUCGGAAACCCCCGCCCCCCAAGAAGGUGGGGGCACCUUCCUCCAAAAUUCCUUCCGGGCCCAAGACACCAAAGAAGGUUGUGUCCUCCAAAAUUCGGAAUAUCAAGAGUCGUCACAUGAAUAAUCUCAACUCCUCCCUCACGUCUCUGGAGAAUAAAUCACCGACGAGAGCCAGGAGGUUCUCCAAAGCCAGCACAUAACUCUCCAUGGCGAGUCCUCCACCCAUGGGAGGGGCGCUUGGUAGUUGCUAGGCGAGCGACUACGCCUUCCCCAGGGAUGCACAAGCCGACUACCAUACUUAUUGAAGACUGAACACACUCUUACUGCCAGCGUUCCUACUCAUGCAAGAUGAAUAUAUCUACUCUGUCCAGAAGAAACUAUAUACUGCGCCUUCGUCUUCAUCUAGAAUUUUCUCCAUGUCUAAUACUCCCAUCACUCCGUCAGACGAACUCCCUUCACUCCAUCCACAACACUUGUCACUCUGUCAAAACCCACUCCAGCCCUUAAACCAUUGUUAUGGUUCUCAGCACAACUAUCCACCACUACAGUGACUCGCAUCCACUGCCCUAAGUUUAUCCAUAAUAAUUUUGAGGAGAAAACUUGAAUCCACGUGUGAAAUACAGUAGUUUUAUUUAUUUUUUAUUUGUGGAUACUUAUUUUAUGUCUGAAAUUGUGAUAUAAUGUACAGUAUAGAUAAGGAGAAUUAUUACGCACACUGCUUCCGAGUAUAAAAUUAUACUGAAAUUCACGACGAAAUCUGAAACGUAUUGUCACCAACACAAGUUAACAGAAAUCACAAGUCGGAUUACUGUCAUAUGUGUGAUAAUAAGAAUACUAGUAGAUGACUUUAUUGAAAAAUUAUAUCAGUAUAGUUAGGCGGACAUCGAGGGUUGAUUAACGAAACAACAAAAGAGACACCUACAAAGACACUCACAGAAUUGAAUUAAAUGUGAUAAGUAAAUUGCAUGUCUAACAUAUGUUUAUAUUUAUAAGUAUUUGUAUAUUUAAUAUGAAUUUGGUUAGGGUAAAUUGAUUUAGUAUUUACAUUUUUGUGUUUAGUAAGCGAGUAAUUUGAAUGGGCUGACUGAUUUCCUGUGUAAAGUUAUUGUACUUUCUAGGACUUUACACUGCUGGUAACAGUAUCUAUCAGUCACCACAGAUUAUAUCAAUUAAUAAGGAUAAAUUGAUCCAAUCCCAUUGUAUGGAUAACAUUGAUCGGGUGUACCAAGAAGCUUUAUUCACCAGUAACACUAACCCAAGACUGAAUGUUUGUGUAAUAUUAUUUUAACUUACCUUAUAUAUUUUUCCCGUGAGAAAACACAACAAAGGCUGUGUUGACAUAUCAUUAAAUGUGCAACUAUACUCUGAAAAUAAUGUUGUAACUAGUCAUCCCAGCACACUCACCUGCUCUACAAUUACCAAAUGUGAUACAACACCAAUCAUGAUUUUUAUAUAAUUGAACAUAUAACAGUGUAAGCCUGAAAGCAAAACAAAAAACUAACCGGGCGCAACCGGUAUUUAAUUGUAAAUAGUAAUGCCAAUGCGAAUCUAAUAUUGUACCAGCAUUGUGUUUCUCACUCGCAGUCUCACAAGAAACAUAAUUCAAUCUCAGUACUCAAGAAAACAGGCAACAACACCCAGUCUAUUGCUUAUGUGGUGGAGAGACUUUAGCUGUCAUCAGAGUGACGUGUGUGAUACUGUACAGUAUAUGAGACUCACAAA